AUACUCGCUGUGAUUCGCCCGGUAUUCCGUUUAUGGCGAGGAGCAAAUUAGGUACAGUCAGUUCAUUCUUCCAUUCAUGAACAGUUGAUAGUAAAGGUUGUAACUGGACAUAUUUUACUGAAAACAAUGAAUGGUACACAUUUGAAUCAGCCAGCCUUCCCCACUGCCCCGGGGGGAGCGGUGAACGCGUUUACGAUGGAAAAUGUCGAUCCUUCGACUUUGGAAGAGGAUUCGGACUCCGAAGGGGAAAUAUCUGUGGCAACUAACCCCCAGGGGCUCAAGCCGGGGAAAAAGACCAAGGGGAGAGUCAAAAUUAAAAUGGAAUUUAUUGAAAAUAAAUUGAGGCGAUAUACAACUUUCAGCAAACGCAAAACAGGAAUUAUGAAAAAGGCUUAUGAAUUGUCGACUCUUACUGGCACUCAAGUAAUGCUGCUAGUGGCAAGUGAAACUGGACAUGUCUAUACUUUUGCUACAAGAAAAUUACAACCUAUGAUCACAAGUGACAGUGGAAAAGCACUUAUUCAAACAUGCCUCAAUUCUCCGGAUCCACCACCAGGUUCGCAGCCCCAGAUGACAAUGGACCAAAGAAUGAAUCCAACAGGUUUCGAGGAAACAGAAUUGUCCUAUGCAGUCGGGGAAGAAGAGCACGCAAAAGUGGAGAGUGGGAUGAAGCCAAUGUUUAUGCCUGUAUCCAUCCCAGAGCCAGGACUGAUCAACAGAAGUUCCCCUGACAACACGAGUGGUACCUCCUCCCCACUGCAGCAGACCACCCCCAGCAGUCAGGCCACCUCCCAGUCCCCACCUACAUCCUCCGCCUCCAAAAAUCUGGCCGGCAACGUCAAUCUUACCAUCCCAGGCCUCCCUCCGGGGGCGGUGUUAGUCCCACAAGGAGCACCACUGAUCCCAAUUCAGCAGAAUGGUCAGCCAGUGUCCCAGUCCUCCCAGGCCCAGACACUGUACAGACUCCCCAACUCCAAUCAGAUAGUAGCUCUCUCAGGUUCCAGCAGCGAUUCCUCGUCCCAGCAGACAUUGGUCACCUCGGCUUCGGACAACAUCGCCACACUGACCAAUGUUAGUACAGCAGGACUACAGACAGCUCAAGCAGGUACACAGAACACAGCAGCCAUGACCCCUGGUGUCGUCAUGUACCACACUCCACAGGGUAUUGUGUAUGCUCCAACAACACUGCAGGAUGCCAGCCGGUCCAUGUUCAACUUCCAGCAGACCCCCACAGCUCUACCCUUAUCCCAGUCAGAGAACGGUCAACAGAUCAUCACAAUCCCCAUACCUGUCAGUCUGGCUGCGGGAGGCAAUUCACAGGUCCCAAUUCAGUAUCAGUUUGCAACACAAGUAUCAGAUGCUCAACAGGCAACUCUUUCUCAACCCACACCCGCUAAAAAGCCCAAGAAAUGAGAGCAAGGGUCACAAACAGAGUUACCUACUCUUGAGAGGAAUGGAGCAGACAAGAGUUGUGUGCCCCUGCAUAAUAGAGGUUGUCUUCCACACAGACUUUGUUCUGUGUGACUGUAUGUGCCAAACAAACAUUGUGUAAACAUGUAGAAAGCCCCCUGUAAUGUGAUAAGGGUGAAGUGAAUGUGCCUGGUUUUAUGGACACGAAGGGUACAGUUGAAAGAAAUUUCCAUAAUUCUUUCUUUGACUUAUUUAUGUUUAAUUGUAUAUUUAAUUUGUUAACAAUAAGAAUUUCAGAAUGGAACAGUCUCGUUCACAAUGAAUUAAUUUAUAUGAAUACGUUUUGAAUUUUUAUAUCAAUUUCAUUAACCUCAAUGAAAAGAAUAUAAGUAUUUUUUAUAAAUGUUAAAUUUCUAAGACUCAAUUUUCAUACAUGUACUUGACAUGACAAUUACAUGCUUGUUGCUGAUAAGAAGUCAACUCUGUCCCAUUUCAAAGUUAUGUUUGUAUGUUUUUUUUUUACAUUUAAUACAACUGGACGGCUAAGGCUUUGUGCAAAGGAAUUGAUAAUCAUAGGUUACAUUGAGUAAAGCAAUAACUGAUAUGAACUUGGUUUUAAAAAAAAGACAGAUGAAUAGGCAAAGGAAAGAUAACUUAACGGAUGGGAUGCCAUAUCUUUUGAAAAAAAGGUUUAAAGAUAUCUGAAUGUUUUCUACAGGGAUGAAUAAAUUUGAGUUUUGCUGUUUAUAUACACUGUAUAUAGAAGCAUGAAAAUUUGGUCAUAUACAUGUACUAUGUAUAUAUAUUUUUGUAUCUCAUUGAGAUUUUGUAUUUAUAAUUGUUAUGAGAUUCAUGUGAAGUUGAAUGUAAUCUUCAUAAGUUUGUCUGUAGUUUCUUUGUCAGUAGUAUUAUUCUUUUCAGUACCAUCAGAUUCAGACUAAAUGGCAGCUGUAUUUUUAUUUAUUUAGAAUCAAUUUAAAUGUAUAUUUUGUUGAAUUAAGUACCAGUAAUUUUACUUGAGUAUUGUUGGUGAUUCAUUUCAGCUUUGGACCAGUUACUGUGUAUAUUGUGCUAUUUCUUUGACAUGCAUACAUUAUAUUCUGUGUUAGAUUUUUACUUCAAAGUUCUGUGCCUGCUGCCUUCUUUUAUAGAUUCCUUGCAUAUCAAACUGAUGGUUACAAGAUGUUGUAAACAGUUUGUAGCAUCAACACAAGUUAUUUUUUACAUUACCUGCAUGUUUUUUGUAGCCUCUCAUUGCAUAAGUGUCUUAAGAAUUUC